AUUAGGUUGUGACCAAGUGAUUCGAUCCUCUAGGCAGUUUUUGAAGUCAAUCCGACCAAGUGUAAGGCACGGAUCUGGCACCUCGUAUAGGUAUAGAGUCCAUCAUGAACGACCUGAGCAUCGGCAACAAGAAGGGCAGCGACUGCUGCAUCUCCCGCCUCCUAAGUGUGGUGGAGAGUGAGCUCCAAGCAGGACGAGAGAAAGGGGACCCCACUGAGAAGCAACUCAAAGUCAGUUUGGAAGACGCCGAGCUCUGGAGAAAAUUCAAGGAGGUCACCAAUGAAAUGAUCGUUACCAAAAACGGAAGACGGAUGUUUCCAGUGUUGAAGAUCAGCGUUUCAGGCCUUGACCCUAAUGCCAUGUAUUCUUUCCUCCUGGACUUUGCACCAGCAGACAGCCAUCGCUGGAAGUAUGUCAACGGGGAAUGGGUCCCAGCUGGCAAACCUGAUCCUCAGACUCACAGCUGUGUCUAUAUCCACCCUGACUCCCCCAACUUUGGAGCCCACUGGAUGAAAGCACCAGUAUCAUUCAGCAAAGUCAAGCUGACAAACAAGCUCAAUGGAGGAGGACAGAUCAUGCUGAAUUCCCUGCACAAGUAUGAGCCUCAGAUCCACAUUGUGAGAGUUGGAGGAAGUCAUAAAAUGGUCACCAACCUGUCAUUUCCAGAAACCCAGUUUAUUGCAGUCACAGCAUACCAAAAUGAAGAGAUAACAGCCCUGAAGAUCAAGUAUAAUCCUUUUGCAAAAGCAUUCCUGGAUGCAAAAGAAAGAAAUCAUCCCAAAGACAUCUUGGAAACCCCUACUGACAAUCAGCACAUGGGCAUUUCCCAUUUAGGUGGUUGGCUGAUAUCCAACUCUGACGCUUUGUGUGCUCCUGGAAGCCCUGGUUACCAGUACAGCAGUCCCCUGACACUACCGUCCAGGCACUCUCACCACAGCUAUGAACGGUACCCCCCGCUGCGCACCCAUCGCUCUGGCCCCUAUCCAACAUCCUACAUCCACCACAACCACUCCCCAGCACUGACACUGACAGAAUCCACCUCAAACAGCCUACAAGUUUUCACUGGGCAUGACAACUGGACGACCCUGACACCCCCUCCUCAUGCCAGUAUGUUACCAGUCACACCUAGUGCUAGUGGAGGCUCAAGCAGUAGCCAGUAUCCAUGCCUCUGGACAGUCAGCAACUGCACAGUGAAUGGCUCUAAUUCAGCCAGCACCCUGGCCGGGUGUUCUCAGAACCAGAUGCUGCGUGGCUCAGGAAGCCCCACUUCCUCAACUUCAUCCAUUGUUCUCCAGGGAUCCAAUACAGCUGCCUUGGAAGCACCAGAAGAGCACUCUCAUAUUAGACUGGCCAGUUCCACUUGGACUUCUGUACCUUCAAACUCAUUUUGAAAGGCAGGGCAUUCCAAAUGGGGGAAAAGUUUCAGUGGCAACCAGGGAGAGGAUAAGCCCUUUUGUUUGGCCGCACGCUGGUAGCCAUAGAGAACAAGAGACAGAUGUGAUGGGGCUGUAUUAUUUUCUUUCUAGUUGUUAACUAUUUUGAGUGAUUGUUAGACUACCAGCUGUCACCAUUUUACAAAAUUCCUUUUCUGGUAUAAAUACUUGGUACAGAUUGGUGUUAAAUUUUGCAAAGAUUUUCAUGGGAAAACAACAUUCCCUUCUGAAGCAAUGUAUCUAUGAGAGCAUAAUGAAUCAGUGGAUGUCGCUGCAUUUGAUACCUACUUAAGUAUUCCAUUGAUCCAUAGUGUAUGUUGACCAGCUUGAGAAUGCUUCAUGAUGGAGUGUUUGUAAAGGAAAUGGCUCAAAGCAAGCACAUCUGAACCUUUGUCACUGAGAGAAAUGAUAAAACUGUCCAAAUGAUUCAACCACUCUGGUCAGGGAAUUUUACCUUCCACACAAGGCAUUGAGGUACAUUCCUGGCACCGCACACUUUCAGCAUCAUGGUUUAGCUUGCUAAUUGCAGAGAUCUCAGCUUCUUUGUGUAUGCUCCAUGGAGGACAGUGGGUGAUGAGGCCUGGGAAUGAAGCUGAAAACAAUUGAUUGAACUGCAAUUAUCUUCAAGCAGCUUCUCCCAAUAUUUAUGCUCUGACUCCUUCAGGCUUUACCUUUGCUGCAAGACAAAUCCAGACAAAGAGAGAUCUGCGGCACACUUCCUAUAUGGGAUUGUUCUCCCCCUCCAAGUGCCUCUGUAACUGUAUGAAGACAUUCCCAACACUGUGUCAUGCUAAAUGGUAUAUGAAGUACAUACAUGAUUACCAACUUGCAGGUGCCUGGUCUCUUGUCUAGUGUUGUUUCCUUUCUGUGUGCACACACGCUUGCUCUAGUUUCCUCAGCAACUUCCCUUUUUUUUUAGCUCCUGCCCUAAAAGCAAUGUGAAUAAAUGUAUUCUUUUUCUUAAAUUUGACAGUAAUAUGGAUUUUGCUAUGUGGUUUCUGUACAAGUAUGAAUAUUGAAAAUUUUAUUUGUGCUUUUGAACUGUAUUUGCUACAGAGACCAGUGAGUUUUAUUAAAAAGCAAUAAAUGGGUCAUAGGAAAUGUGUUGCCUCUUAAUGUACUUUCUUGAAAUGUGAGGCAUUUUUUUCAGCAGUUCUUGUUUUUUAAACAGGAUGCUGGGAAGUCAUGGGUGCAUCUUCAAACACAGCCCUUUUCAUUUGUGUUGCUUUAAAGUCAUAUUUUUUAAAAUGAAACACCAAUUCCUCUGAGAUGUCUUUAUCGGGCCAGAGGCCUUGUUACACUUAAUUUAAUUCAACCCAGAAACUUCAAUAUUGUGGUCCUACUAGGAUUCAAUGAGGAAACUGCUUCUUUGGUAUAUGUCUACUCUGAACAGUACUGUACAAGCUAGCUUUACAUACAUUUAAGACAUAUUGACUAGCAUUAAGGAAAGACAAUUGAAAAUAAUUAAAUAUCUUUGAAUGUAUCAUUCUACAGUGUCUCAAGUCAACAUGAAUCAAAUGAAAUGUCUCUUUGUAGUGAAGUCAACUUCUUGGAAGUGAAUUUGGUAGAUAUAGUCUGCAGGGACAAUUUAAAACUUGUGUGUCUGAAGGGGGGCUUCAAUUCUUUUAUUUCCUGAAACAUGAUCUUACUCUUGAGAACUCAGCUCUGGUUGUGGUGGUCUGCAGUUAACACAGAUUUUAAUUCCAACCAGCCCUAGCAGAUAAUGAAACUUGGUAUUUAGUUAUGUGGCUUGUUAGUGCUUUCAUUCAUCCAAGACAAAUCUUUUUGUCAUUUUACAUUUUUCAUUUUCUGAGAACAACACUCAUAUAUUUUGUGGCCAAGAACAGAUUUGUGCCUUUUGGUCCUUCCCUUCUGUCUCAUUUAUUUCAAAACAUUGCAUUAACAUAUACACUUCAUGAUGCACACACAUAGGUUUAAAUGUAAACAUGUUAAGUUGGAGAGCUGGUGGUUCUUGUGUCAUUCGCGCUUCACCAUUAUAUGAUGGCUGGUAAAUAAAGGAGGUAACAAGUAAAACCUUAAUGCAUAUGUUUAAAACUAAAAAAAGGCCAUUAAGUGUUCUGAAUCAUAACUGACAAGUUAACUAAAAUUAAACCCCAAACCCAUAUUGUUUUAGUAGUAAAUGAAUCUGUUCUAAUUAAAAAUUUGGUUACAGCAAAAAUCAGCAGUAACUGUGGACCUCCAGGACCAGAGUUGAGUACCCCAGGUCUAAAUGGAUCAUCAACCUUCCUAACUUCAGUUUGGACAUAAUGUAUUCCUAUCAUGUAUAUAUGAUGUUGUCAGACUCUGCUGGA